UGUCCCUUUGUCUGUUUCUUGCAUCUUGUCUUACCACACCUUCAUACAGCUAUGUCAGAUGUAGAAGAGGAAUACGAGGAGCAGGCAGAAGAGGCUGAGCAGGAGGCCGAGCCUGAGGAGGAAGAGACUGAGCAGGCAGAGGAGGAUGAAGCAGAUGAAGAUGCCCAGGAGGAAGAGGAGGAACGACCCAAACCAAAACCGAUGGCACCUCAACUUGCUCCUCCAAAGAUUCCUGAGGGAGACAGGGUGGAUUUUGAUGACAUCCACAGAAAGCGUAUGGAGAAGGACUUAGUGGAGCUGCAUACCCUGAUCGAUGCCCAUUUUGAGCAGAGGAAAAGAGAUGAGGAAGAACUGAUCGGCCUCAAAGAGCGAAUUGAACACCGUCGAUCAGAGAGAGCUGAGAUCCAGAGGGUUAGAGCAGAGAAGGAGAAGGACAGACAAAACAGGAUUGCUGAGGAGCGUCACAGAAAAGAAGAAGAAGAGGCCAAGAGGAAGGCUGAUGAUGAGGCCAAGAAGAAGAAGGUGCUGUCUGGCAUGGGAGCAAACUUUGGAGGCUUCCUGGCCAAGGCUGAGUCGAGGAGGGGUAAGCGUCUCACAGGCAAAGAGAUCAAGAGGAAAACCUUGGGCGAGAGACGACAGCCAUUAGCCAUUGACAAUAUGAGGGAGGAUGCACUCAGGGAACGGGCCCAGGAGAUGUGGGACUGGAUCUACCAUCUGGAGUCGGAGAAGUUUGACUACAUGGAGCAUCUGAAACACCAGAAAUAUGAGAUCAUUGUGCUCCUGAACAGAAUCCAACAUGCUCAGAAAUUUAAAAAGGGCCACGGGAAAGGGAAGGUGGGUGGUCGCUGGAAGUAAAAUGGGAAAAUAAUAAAAAGAGGGGGAAAAACAGAGGGAUGGCACAUUUCUCCUUCAGGGUCUUCUAGCGACAGAGCCACUCUAC